AUGGCAGAUGAUAUUUAUGUAGUUGAAAAAAUUCUUGAUAAAAAAAUAUUAGACAAUGGUCAAAUAAUAUAUCUUUUAAAAUGGUUUGGUUAUAAUGAAGAAGAUGCAACAUGGGAACCAGAAGAGAAUAUUUUUUGUAAAGAUUUAAUUGAUCAAUAUGAUUAUCAUAGAAAAUUUGAAGAUACUGAAGAGAAUGUAAAUGAUGAAUGUAAACAAAUUCUCAGGGAAAUUUGUAAUGAAAUUGAAACAGUACUUCCAAAAUAUCAAUCAAUGAAUGUGAGCAUUGAUGAACAAGAAGCUGUAUGUUUUCAAUUGUCUACUGAUAUAUCCACAACAACUACAACAACUGAUAAUUCUGAAAUUCUUGAUGAAAAUUUAAUUAAUGAUAUUUCAUUAUCUAAUAAUCUUCAUAAUGAAGAAGAAAAUGGUACGUCUACUGAAAAUGGUGAAUUACAAUUAAUAAAUAACAGUCCAGAGUCAACAUAUGAUUCUAAUCAUAAUGGUAAACGAAUCGAUACAAUGCCAUUAAUGCGAAAGAAAAAAUUUCGAUCUGAUUCGAAUGAUAAUACUAAUGAUAUACAUAAAAAAGAAAUCGAUAUAGACAGUAAUAUAAUAGAUUAUCUUGCACUUGAACCUGAACGUAUUGUAUCAAUAACACGUUCACGUACAUCAACACAAGAUCUUGAAUUUUUAUUAAAAUGUACACGUUAUCCAACAAAAUUAUUUUUUAUAUCAAAUGAAAAAGCAAAAGAACUUAUACCUAGUUUAUUAAUUGAUUUCUAUGAAAGACAUAUUAAUUGGUUUAUUGAUCGACCAUCAUCAAGACAAACAUUACAACGACGAAAAUCUUAG